GGGCUUUCCAUCCUUCCACGCAGGAUAGAAGACGGGUUCCCACGCAUUGUGGUGGUGCCUCCAGCAACAGACCACUCCUCCUCCCAGAAAGAUAUAUAUACAUAUAAAAAAAUAAAAACACGAGCUGUGGUGACAGGAGCCAUGCGCAAUGACUAACUCCGUGCUCGGAUCCGAGCCCUGCACAGAAAUUUAGUCCGCAUCAUUCCCUGACAGCUCCCCGAGAGAGGAGGAGAGAGAAGAGGAGAAGAGAGGAGAAGCAGGGCUGAAUUCUCAGACUGCAACAGUGCAGCAUGACAGACACGGUGAUGAGCAGCAGCUCGGGCCGCUGGGUGUCCAACGACAGGCAGAGGAGCAUGCACCCGAGCGAUAAAGAGCAGGGCAACUGGACCAUGCAACAAGGCCCUAGUCCCGGUCCAGACCUGACAGAUGAAGAGAAAGAAAUUAUUAACAGUGUGAUCGCUCGGGCUGAGAAAAUGGAAGCCAUGGAGCAGGAGAGAAUCGGGCGCCUGAUAAACCGCCUGGAUGACAUGAAGAAGACUGUGUGUGGGGAUGGAGUGUCCCGCUGUCUGCUAUGUGGGGAGCAGCUGGGCUCACCUGGGGUCAGCUCGGUGGUGUGCGAGGACUGCAAAAAGAGCAUGUGUACCAAGUGUGGUACGCAGUGUAGCAGUAAGCCACGGGCUGUUUGGCUGUGCAAGAUCUGCAGAGAACAGCGGGAGGUGUGGAAGAGGUCUGGUGCCUGGUUCUUCAAAGGUUUCCCAAAGCACUUUCUGCCGUCCCCCAUGCCAUUGUCUAAAACAGGAGGCCAGGAGGCGGCGGAGCCCCAGAGGCCACCAGCUUCUGAGCCUAGGCAGGCUGUGGCCAAACCACAACCAACAGGUCAGAAUCAGAGUCCUGCCUCUGAGCAACAAGUUUCAGGAGCAGAGCCACAGGGCCGUGCCAGUUACCCACCUGUGGCCCCUAAACCAGCUGUGCGUAUGGCUACGGGUGGGGCCGGCCCUGAAGAGGCAGGGCAGGGCAGCCCAGUGGUGAUGAAGAAGAUGGUGCCAGUUCAGAGCUCCAGACCACAGCCUGCUGCAUCUGCCACUAUGGCCCAGCAAGGCCCCGUGGCAGGAGAUGGUUUCUCUUCUGGUGCAGUUGCUCCAGAGCAGAGAGCGCCUCCUGCUGCAAGAGAGGACAGGAGGCAGCCCGCUGCCUACAGCGCUCCUCCUGCCCGACAGCAACCACCCCCAGCUGAGGACGAGGAGGAGGCCAACGACUACGACUCUGAUGAAGCCACCACUCUGGGCUCUCUGGAGUUCAGCCUGCUCUAUGAACAGGAAAGCAACAGCCUCCACUGUAGCAUCCUCAAAGCAAAGGGACUGAAGCCCAUGGACUCAAAUGGACUGGCAGAUCCUUACGUCAAGCUUCAUCUGCUGCCAGGGGCUAGUAAGUCUAACAAGCUGCGCACGAAGACCCUGAGAAACACCCGAAACCCGAUGUGGAAUGAGACGCUCACCUACCACGGCCUGACAGAUGAGGACAUGCAGCGUAAGACCCUCAGACUUUCUGUCUGUGAUGAAGACAAGUUUGGGCACAAUGAGUUUAUUGGGGAAACUCGAGUGGCCCUCAAGAAACUGAAGAUGAAUCAGAAGAGAAACUUCAACGUGUGUCUAGAGAGAGUCGUGCCUACAAAGAGAACCGCAACAGCUGGAGGAGCCAGAGGGAUCUCACUCUACGAAGACGAGUCAGCGAAAGACGGCGCCGAGGUGGAAGAGCGCGGCAGGAUUCUGAUCUCUCUAAUGUACAGCACUCAGCAGAACCGCCUCAUCGUGGGCGUUGUGCGCUGCGUUCACCUGGCUGCUAUGGAUGCUAAUGGCUACUCUGACCCCUAUGUCAAAAUAUGUCUGAAACCUGACAUGGGGAAGAAGGGCAAGUGCAAAACACAAAUCAAGAAGAGGACUUUAAACCCAGAGUUUAAUGAGGAAUUUAGCUAUGACAUCAAACACAGUGAACUGGCCAAGAAGACGUUAGACAUCUCUGUGUGGGAUUAUGACAUUGGGAAAUCCAACGACUACAUAGGUGGGUGUCAACUGGGUAUCACUGCCAAGGGAGAGAACCUGAAGCACUGGUACGAGUGUCUGAAGAACAAGGAUAAGAAGAUCGAGCGCUGGCACACUCUGGUGAACGAGAAUCACACUGCCAGUGAUUAACCACUUGCCCCCACAUGCAUGAGCUUAAAACUACCCUCCCCGAUUGGUUCGCAUUCACCUCUUGAUGCACUUUUGCCCCCCCCCCUUCAGUUUGUCAUUUUUAUUUAUCCGUUCGCUGCCAUCACACCAGACGUCUCGUCGUUUGGUCCCCCUGGUUUAGCAUACUCUACUUACCUGUCUUCUUAUUAACAAUUUAUCUGCCUGUGCUGAUGCUUAAUCCGCCGCUGGCGCAAACCAUGGCUUAAAUGAAUUGGAGACAUCGUUCCACAGCUGCACAAAGGCCGUCACGCCUGUCGUGAUGUUAUAUAGCGUGCGGCGCACGUUCUCCGCUAAAAGAAAAAUAAAGUUGCACUGGCGCAGAACAAGAGAAGCAAUCUGCUGUUGAAUCUGAGGUCACGGUUCAAGCUCAUGAGAUCCCCGACUGAACUCAUACCUGAGAUUCAUCACACUGUCAGGGUAUUGUGUCUCUCAUGUCGUAGCGUAGCACUUGAGCUGUAUAAGCAUGCCAGGCAGCACACACGCGCAGCAGCACCUUCAAAUAUUUCAGCUCUCCUGAACAUAUUGUAUAUUUCCAUGAAGAAAUGUUUACAUACUGAUACAUUGCUCAGGUUAGGAUAGACGUCUGAUACUGCAGAUGAUUCAUAAGUCAGUAGACCAUGAGCUAGAUGAGUCUUUGAUGAGUUGCUGUUAAUUUGUGGUUUAAAAAUGAUAGCACACCUAGUUUAGCAGGAGUUUUUAUGGAUGUUUAUUCAAACUGUGAUUUUUAAGUUUCUAGGACGUAUUAGGUGCUUGUUUAGAGAAACAGAAAAGUGAACCACAAAGUUUAUUUUUAGGUUAAUUUCUUAGAUGCGUUGAGACUUGGCAGGAAUAAAAAAAAAACAAUUAAAAAAAAAAGGAAUCUCGUCCUGCUACCUCUACUCCUCUGCAGCUGGCGGUUUGCUCUGACACCUCAGAGGUUUUCUACUGCAGUGUUUACACCGAACGCACACGGUCGGGUUUCUUACAGGUUUCCCCAACAAAUUUGGCUGCUCUGUCGAACAAGGAGACAAAGGUGGAAUAAGUUAUAAGUAUGUGCAGCUUUACCUGCAUGCACUGUGCUCCUGACUGUCAUGUGCCUGGGGCAAUCCUGGCCCGCUUUAAGCCCAACGUACCCUUUGCACAAAGCGGGGCCUUUUUCCUCCCUCUGCUCCAUCCCAAUCAUUCAAGGCUUUAGUGUGUGUUUGUUCACUAAUCACAGCAAACCAAGGAAAGCACACCUUACAAAGUGGAAUGACCUCAAUUUAUACAGCUGUCUGCAAGUUAUUCCAAUGUCAAAACAAAGACGAAAACAAAAAAGCCUAUGCAUGAAAUGUCUUGUGGUUCAAGAUAUAUAUACUUUGUAAGAAAUGAACGCUAUUGUAACUCCAUUAAUGUUUACACUUCUUCCCCACAACAUUCCUGUUAAUACUUUAUAUACAAGAGGCCAUGUUCUGCAUGACUAUGAUGACUAUGGUGUAAUCUGAAUAAACUGGUCUGUUAGCAUCCAUGGGACAGACUGCUAAUCAACUGAGCACAUCAACAUGAGAUCUUGUCCAAUACUAUCGGUAGCAGACUUUGAGAUUAGUCUCGUUUUUUGAAUGAGCUGUCCCGCACAUCUUUCUAGUGUCUUGUUUUCUCUGUAAAGCCACGCUGCCCCCAUGUGGCUGUAACCCAGACAACCACCAGUCCUAACCUUGUGCUACUUCAGCUGCAGCGAUCAUCAGAUGAUGAUCAUCACUUGUCGUUUUAAAAAUAAAAUGGCUUCUCUCUCUAGCUAUCUUCUACUUGAUUCUGCCAGUUCAGUGGAAUGUUUCUUCUUUGAUCUCUGUAUCUGUACAUAGAUAGUGCAUGCACUGGAAAUAUGUAUGUUUGCAAACAACUUUGCAUGUAAAGAUUUUGCAGAGAGUUUACACGGAUCAAUAAAAUCGAAUGAAAAAUGA